AUACAUAUUUUUACCGUGUUAUUUUACUGAAGAUAUAUUCCAAAUGGAGAGAUCAAUAAUGUCUGAACAAUCAGCUACUCAAACACAAACGGAAACUGUUUUAGAAACAGAUGUCACAGAUUCUGGAUCUCAGGAUGUACCAACUGUGCGGUUAUGUCUCAGAAAACCGAGAUCAAAUAAGAAGGUUCAAUGGACUCAAGGCACUGUGGAUAAUGAACACAUGAAUAAAAAGAAAUCUAAAUGUUGUUGUAUUUAUGAAAAGCCAAGAACUUUUGGUGAAAGUAGUUCUGAAGAUAGUGAUGAUGAAUGUGAACAUUGUCAUGGACAUAAAGAUGCUCAUAAAAAGAUUUUACCACACAAAGCAGAAACAUCUAAAGAAGAAAUAUCUCCUACUCCUGAAUCAAUAGUAAAUGCAUCCACUUAA